AUGGACUAUGAUUAUAUGUCUUUUCAUAGAGAAAAGGAUGUUCACAAUAAAUGUUAUGGUGGAAGAUUAUGGUGUAUUAAGGACAUAUGUGGAAUUAUAUGUGCACUUUUAACAUGGUUGUUAAUAAUUUAUGCAGAGUUUGUAGUAAUGGCAGUUAUUCUUAUUCCUACAAUAAAUACUUUAUAUUCCAGUUUAAAUACUGCAAUAUUUCAGUCAUUAACUUUCUUAGCUUUUGUUUCUCAUUUAAGGACAAUGUUUACAGAUCCAGGUGCUGUUCCAAAAGGAAAUGCUACAAAAGAAAUGAUAGUACAAAUGGGAUUUAGGGAUGGUCAAGUAAUUUUUAAGUGUCCAAAAUGUUGCUCUAUUAAACCAGAUAGAGCACAUCAUUGUUCUGUUUGCCAAAGAUGUAUUAGAAAAAUGGAUCACCACUGUCCAUGGGUUAAUAAUUGUGUUGGAGAAAAUAAUCAAAAGUAUUUUGUACUUUUUACUUUCUACAUUGCUGGAAUGUCGUUGCAAUCUUUAUUCUUAUGUAUACAACAAUUUACUACAUGUGUAAGACAAGAGUGGAAAGAAUGUUCUACAUUCAGUCCACCUGCAACAGUGGUACUAUUGCUCUUUCUGGCUUUCGAAGCCCUUUUAUUUGCCAUUUUUACGGCCGUAAUGCUGGGAACGCAAUUACAAGCGAUUUGGAACGAUGAGACUGGUAUAGAACAACUUAAAAAAGAGGAGGCCAGAUGGGUUCGUAAUAGUAGAUGGAAAUCUAUUCAAGCUGUAUUUGGAAGGUUUUCAAUUGCUUGGUUUUCGCCCUUCACUUCGCCGCCAAAGGGAAAAACAAAACUAGAUUCUUAUCUAUACUCUGUGUAAUAUGUUACUACGGUAUGUGGCUGCAUCCCAGGGAUAUUUAAUAUUUGUAAAUAUAAACUCAUUGUGACGUAUCAUGAAUUCAUGUACAAGUGAAUAGAAUGUUUGUAAUUUUAUACUGUUACCUAACGUUCUUAUUUUAUUGCGACCAUUUUUGAAAGGUACUUAAACAAA